AUGGCCCCUCCGACUCCUGCCAUGCAGUACCAGCGACUCGGCAACAGUGGACUCAAGGUCUCGAAAAUCAUUCUGGGUUGCAUGAGUUUUGGUAACCCAGAAUGGGAGGGUAGUCCCUGGGUCUUGCCAGAGGGCGAAGCGCUGCCGCUGUUGAAGAAAGCCUAUGAUGUCGGUAUCAACACUUGGGAGACCGCAGACAGUUAUUCGAAUGGACAAUCAGAAACCAUCAUCGGCAAAGCGCUGCAGCAUUACAACAUACCUCGAAGUCGAGUCGUUCUCAUGACAAAGGUGUAUUACCCGGUUCUUGAAGAUGACCCCAAUGCACGACCACAACCACCGCGCAACGAAGGACCGCUUGUAAAUCAGAUGGGUCUCAGCCGCAAACAUAUCUUCGAAGCUGUCGAGGGAUCCCUUCGUCGACUCAACACAACAUACAUCGAUGUUCUACAACUGCACCGACUCGAUCGCGAUACAAACCCAGAGGAAAUUAUGCAAGCUCUACACGACCUUGUUCGUAUGGGCAAAGUACUAUACCUUGGAGCAUCCAGUAUGCAUUGUUGGGAGUUCGCUCGCUUGCAGUACACAGCCAAAAUGCACGGCUGGACGCCUUUCACGAGCAUGUCAGGUCUACACAAUCUUUUGUAUCGCGAGGAAGAGCGAGAAAUGAUUCCAUUCUGUAAUGCUGAGGGCGUUGGUCUGAUACCUUGGAGUCCGAUCGCUAGGGGAUUGCUGACAAGACCAUACGAUCAGCAGACCGAGAGGAGUCAGCAGGAUGUCAAGACCAAGAAAUGGUUUCAAGGAGGUCAGAAUCGUGAGAUUGUGGAAAGGGUGGAGAAACUGGCAAUCGAGAAGGAUUGCAGCAUGUCUGCUCUGGCGGUAGCAUGGUUACUCAAGAAGGGCGAAUGUCCGAUAAUGGGGUUGAACAACCUGAAGAGGAUUGGAGAUGUUUCUGAAGCUUUCGCUGUUGAAUUGACCACUGCCGAGAUGAAGUUCUUAGAGGAGCCUUAUAGUCCCUUAGCAGUGCAGGCGAUAUGA